AUGCUUCGCCAUGCUGGCCAGUCGUUGAUUGGCUCUGGACGCAGGACGUUCUCCCAAUCUGCAACCCGACAUAGCUACGAUGAUACAAUCCGCAAUCUUCUCAUUCAUAAAGAUACAAAAGUUUUAUGUCAAGGACUCACUGGAAAGACGGGAACUUUCCACGUCACUGAAGCUCUUGCCUACGGGACCAAGAUGGUUGGAGGAGUAUCACCAAAGAAGGCGGGCCAGACGCACCUGGGGCUACCCAUCUUCGGGUCUGUUAGAGAUGCCGUGAACGAAACAAAACCAGACGCCACCAUUCUUUACGUUCCACCACCCACUGCUGCAGAUGCAAUCAUCGAAGCCAUCGAAAAUGAGAUUGGGCUUAUCGUUUGCGUCACAGAGGGCAUUCCUCAAUCCGAUGAGAUUCGCGUCAUGGAUGCCCUCAAAAGCCAGUCGCGCUCCCGACUUGUUGGACCUAACUGCCCUGGAGUGAUCAAUCCAUUGGGUUGCAAAAUGGGUAUCCAACCGGGACAUAUUCACAAACCUGGCAAAAUUGGUAUCGUUUCUCGUUCUGGCACCCUGACCUAUGAGGCUGUCGCUCAAACGACCGAUGUCGGCCUUGGUCAAUCCCUUUGCGUCGGAAUCGGAGGAGACCCAUUCCCUGGAACCCAACACAUUGACGUCAUUAAAGUUUUCCUCGAAGAUCCUAACACAGAGGGAAUUGUUAUUAUUGGAGAAAUCGGUGGUUCUAUGGAGGAAGAGGCUGCUGAAUACCUCGAACAGUACAACAAGACUCGCAAGAACCCCAAACCCGUUGUUGGCUUCAUCGCAGGCCGUACUGCACCUCCUGGACGUCGCAUGGGCCACGCCGGAGCCAUUAUCUCGGGAGGAAAAGGUGCCGCUGGCGACAAGGUUAAGGCCCUGGAGCGUGCUGGCGUUAUUGUUACCGACAGCCCAGCUAAAAUUGGUGCAGAGAUGUUCAAGGCCAUGAAAGCGGCUGGACUGCCUGAGGCAAAAGAGAUGGCCUACCAACCGUCGCCCAAGUUCGACAGUGCUGUUGCUUAUCUGUCGUCAGCAUCGUCGCUGUCUCAUGUGUCUUCUUCUACGAAGCUCGAGUUGUAUGGCUUGUUUAAAUAUCUUACAUCGACUCGGACACCUGCAACGUCACGUCCUUCGAUAUUUGACAUGACUGGACGUGCAAAAUGGGAUGCAUGGAAAUCUGCUGGAGAAAAAUACGAUGAACCAACAAAGGUUGAGGAAAGAUAUCUUGAGAUUGCACGCACUUUGGGCUGGACAGAAGGGCAAGUGCUGGAAGAUAAGGCAAUACCACAACUCGAGAGAUCCACUGGAUCUGAUGACGAUGUCUGGGAUAAAGACGACGGCACUAGUAAAAGUAGUGGCGGUCUAGGGCUUUCAGUAAGUACCAUGGUCGCACCCGUUAAGGUCGUGGACAACACCAUACACGGGCUGGCUUUGUCGAAUGAUGUGUCUGGGUUGGCCACCUUAUUAGACACAGUUCCAGAAACAGAUCUGAAUGCGCGGGAUGAAUAUGGAUACGCGCCAAUUCACCUGGCUUGUGACCGAGGAAACGUUGAAAUGGUCCAGCUUCUUCUUCGUAAAGGCGCUAAUAGGAAUAUAAAGGAUCCAGAUAAUUUAACGCCGCUAGAACUCUCGCAAGAGGCCGGUCACUCUGAGAUUGCAAAGAUUCUAGUAUCUACUCCUUGA